AUGACAAGCUUCUCUGGUGGGAGUAUGGGAAUGAGCCUGAUCUCUACUCGACAUCCGCCCACAGACCAGUUCGACCGUCGACUUGGGACAGUUCAGCAGUGGGUGAAUGGAACGCAAGAAAUCAAGUCGCAGAUAUCGCAACAUUGUCCGACAAAAAUAUCGAAUGCAACCUAUGGGUACCUAAAUCCCUCCUUUGCCGGGGUUGAUAACCAUCUCAACCCAGGUACAACAUUUGCGGAUGGCCUUGAUGUAGACAAUUAUAUCAAGCUUAUAUCAAUCCACAACUACAUCGGCGGCGCAACAGAACCAGGAGUUACCCUUCAAAAGACUUUAAUGAAUCACACUUCCAACGUCGAAUCCGCCUCAGCUUUUCUCGCUGUUCGCAAUGAGUUGGACUAUACUGGCAUCCCAUUUGUUCUGGGAAAAAUGAAUUCCCCUUAUAACGAGGGUGCUCCUGGCCUUUCCAAUGCUUUCGGCACUGCGCUAUGGGACCCUGUCCAAACCAACGAUACCACCAAGGCACCUUACUAUGGUAACAUUGCCGUGGCUUCUAUGCUGGGAGACCUUACUCGAAACUCGGUGCAAAUUGCGAAUAUUCCUUUGCCCAGCGACUUAGAGAGCGCAUAUGCGGCGUAUGUGGAUGGGUCAUUGGAGCGUAUUGCAGCAAUAAAUAUGCGUGAUUACAAUUAUACGGUCAAUGGCACCUUCUCAAUCCCCAACCCGGAUCCAAGACCGAGUCAGCCGUACACGUUCCAGAUUCCGUCUGAUGUUUCUUCAGUUUAUAUUCAGCGACUAUCUGCCAAUGAAGUUGGACUGGGGGAAGCCCGUGCGGUUGAGUAA